ACAUCUGGUGACAGUGAAGGAAGGGAUUGCUAACUGCGGGGGACACAAAGGGGACCCAGGAGAGCUGCGAGGGACACUGAGGAAGCCCGAGCUCACUCACUGUGGAGAGGCACACAAGGAAGGUCUGCUCUUCACACUCCUCACACACUUAACUCGUCGUUGCACCGAGAAACAGCAGCACAGUGCAGUUACUGGCAGACUGAUUCUGCUCCCAUGGAGGGUAAUCACAGUGGUUUGACUGGAAGCACACAACCAUCUAUGCUAGACAGACAGACUGAUGGGCACAUUUAUGAAGUUGCAGUACAAACCAACUCCACCAACCGCAGCUCCCAGUUUGCAGACGUGGCCUUGCUGCAAACUUUCAAACCUCUCAUCAUCCCCUUUUACGUUCUAGUGGUGGUGGUGGGUGUCUUUGGGAAUUACCUGCUUCUUUAUGUCAUCUGCCGAACCCGGAAGAUGCACAACGUCACCAACUUUUUCAUUGGAAAUCUGGCCUUCUCUGACAUGCUCAUGUGUGUGACCUGCGUCCCCUUUACUCUUGCCUACGCCUUCAACCCUCAUGGUUGGGUUUUUGGGCGCACCAUGUGCUAUCUGGUGUUCCUCGUCCAACCUGUCACAGUGUAUGUUUCAGUCUUCACACUCACUGCUAUUGCUGUGGACAGAUAUUAUGCAACAGUUCACCCCCUGAAGAAGCGGACCUCUGUGGCGACCUGUGCCUCUGUCCUCACUGGGAUCUGGCUUCUGUCUUGUGGCCUGGUAGCUCCAGCAGUGACCCACACCUAUCAUGUUGAAUUCAAAGAGGAAGGCUUCACUAUCUGUGAGGAGUUCUGGUUGGGUCAGGAAAAAGAAAGACGUGCUUAUGCGUAUAGCACCCUGCUGGUCACUUAUGUCCUCCCGCUAUCGGCUGUUUUUGUCUCUUAUCUCUGCAUCACUGUGAAACUGAGGAACUGCGUUGCUCCGGGCCACCGGACGCAGGACCAGGCAGGCGCUCAGCAGGCUCGCAAAAGAAAGAUCUUUCGCUUGGUCGCUCUCCUGGUGUCUGCCUUUGCGGUGUGCUGGCUUCCUAUUCACGUGUUCAACGUGCUGAGAGACAUUGACAUUCACCUCAUUAACAAGCGUUACUUUUUGCUCAUCCAACUGCUGUGCCACCUGUGCGCCAUGAGCUCCUCCUGCUGUAACCCCUUCCUCUACGCGUGGCUUCACGACCGCUUCCGCACCGAGCUGCGGAAGAUGUUCAAGUGCCAUCAUCGCAUUGGAGUGCCUGCCAAUCACUGUGCCGCCAGCGUGGUAUUGUAAUUGACUAGUGAAGAGCAUCCUCUGUCGUUAAUUUAGUGUCAUUUUCUGACUCAUCCUGAGUGCAAGUGGAAACACUGGUCUCACCAGCAAACCCAUCCAUCUAAACAUUCGUGGUAAUGCGGUCAUUAGUUAUAAAGCGGGUUAGGGGUGGAUCUCAGGUGGUUUAUUUUAAUGGGGACCAUGAAAAUGUGAAUUCAUUUUCUUAGGAAUCCCCCCAAAAAUUAGUAGCAGAGUAGAGAUUGUGAACGAAUAGACGAUCUGUUAAUUGGCAUGAGCAGUAGCGUUUAGGUGGGAGUAGCACCUGUUUAUUUAAUAUCUUGUGUGAAAGGCUGAUUAUUUAAGCCAAGACAAGACUCAGAGGACCCAAACCAGGCUAAGGCAAGCAUGAGUGCACCCAUCUACUUUCGUGGCUACUUGGAUCCACACAUUUCAUUUGUAUGGGUUGCCAUGUGCCACUAGCUGAAAGAUAAGAAUCCCUGCUAACAUGGGGGGAGGGUGCAUAUCAGCAGCAGAUUUCAUAAAUAUCAGGCAGUUAGAAUUCAGACUUCCCUGUCAUGGACCACAGCGCUGUUUGAAAAGAAAUGUUAAUAUUAAAAAAAUGUUUGUAAUAAUUUGUUUAAUAGUAAUAUUUCCAGUGAAUUAGAGGAGAUAAGAUCAGAAGGGUUUCAGCUUUUAAUCAAAAAUGACAGAGAACAUGUCAGACGGGUGUAGCUUUACUGGAUAUGAAUAGUAAAUUAAACCACGAGUUCAAAUUGCAUUUGGAAACCACAAAGGUGGUUGUUUGCACCAGGGGGGCUGGUGUCAGAGCUAAUCCUUGUGUAGUGCGAAAUUAAAUUCAUCAGCUUGGUCCCUAAGGCCUACAUUUCCUGUAUUUGAUGAAUACGCGGCUUAAGUCAUCAAAUUAUUUUUGAUAGCAUAAUAUAAUUGCUGCAGAAAAAUAAUCAUACUGUGGCAGUUGGCUCGAUGUUGCUUUUUCUGUGCUGUGGUUUCUCUUGCUUCCGCUGGCUUUUGGAAGUUUGUACAUAAUGGGAAAGACUGGUUAUCCAGGCAGAAAAAGAAAAAAAAAGAAAAAAGAAAUAGGUCAUGUUAAUGCAGCUUUCUAAUAAAAUUGUCUACUGCAUUUACCAAUAUGUUACACUGAACUGAUAACAGAUGAGCUGCCUGGUUGUUUACACCGUCUUUAAUCCAGUUUUAUUUAGUUUGCACAGCAGAUGUUAUGCUUCUUGCUUUGUGUUCUCUGUGUGCACAUCUGUGCCUCUGCAGCAGAGUCAACAAAUUUCAAAUGUUACAACGUGCUCUCUUUCUUUUUUCUUUUUUCCCAUCAUAUUCUUAUAUAAAAGGACACAGUAUAAAUACAUUGCCAAAAAAAGUGUUAUAAUGAUCACAUAAUGUUUAAAAUGAUGUAAAUGAUGUGGUGUGGCGUGUAACAACAGUAUACUGUAAUGUGUAGCAUGGAAAAUCUGAGAUUAAAUUCAGAGAUGAAAUGACCUCGCUGUUUCAGACCAGCCUGUGUGAUGGCAGUAACGGGAAGGAAAUUAUAUCCAACUUGGUCAGAGUGCAGCUGCACAGCUGAAUUUACUAAUUAAAUGGAAGAGGAGGAUGAAAAGUGUUGUCUGCAUAUCAAUUAGGCCUGUUAGGACACUGAAAAAAAGUGAUAAUUUAUUGAUCUCCCCAAUCACGUCAGAAUACUUGCUACUUGCCAACAAAGAUGUUCACUUCCUGCAGUGGGUGUUUUUCAACACUACAACACGCAGUUAAGUAGGUGGAAAUUUGUAUCAUCAACUCAUUCAGUCAUGUAUGAUUUUGUUUAUUUUAUUUCUGUGUUUUACUUUUAACCUGCAAGCUGAUGGAUUUUUUUUUUUUGCAAUAUUAUCUGCGUUUUUUCUUGUUUGUUUGUUUUGUUUUGUUUUUAACAGAGAAGGGAAAUCAUCAUUUUGGGUUGUCUUUUUAAGUGGAUUAUUAGCUAAUGCUGGCAAGUGUGAUAAUCAAAAUGGAUUUAUAUACCACACAGGAUCAACACUGAUGUUAAAAACAUUAAGCUGCAAAAGUCUUCAUUUCUUUCUGUUGACAUUUGUUGCUAUUUCGCUCAUUUUCAGUCCAGUCCUUUUACCUUUCAUAGGAAUGUCCCAUUGGCUAAUACACUUAAAAGGCACCUAACUCGAGGGAUGAACCAGUGAUGUGUCUGCACACAGCAGAUAUCUUAACGAAGAAUUCAUUUUAAGUGUAUGUUGUAGUUCUUUGUCACUAGCAGCAUGCUGCAAAGCUCAUCAUCAUUUCUUUAAAUUCCUUCCCUUCAGUCUUUGAAAAAUGUUUUACAGGCAUAAAAUAAUAUUUUUACACCAACAUUGUGAUUCCCAAAGAGCUAAUACCUGAAAACCUGCCAAAUCUCCACAUGGUGUGCAGUGUGUCCUUAAAAUAUGAGGUAAUUAGACUAGUGGAAGAAAAAAGAAAAGAGUUAGGCCAAGA